AUGUCCAUUAAAGAAUCAGGCUCAUUCCGUAAUCCAAAAUCUGUGGCUCCGUAUAGGAAGCCAGUUUCGAGAGUGACGAACAGAAAGACUUCGUUUAUGGGAAGAAUUAAAAAUCUUUUUACUGAUAAAUUGAAUAAUAUUACAAACACCAAUGAGAAUGAGAAUAGCGUUCAGGGAGGUCCAAAGAGAUCUAUAUCUGAGAGGAGGAGCAGGACUUCGAAUGUGAUUGUACCUGGUGGUUUUUUUGACGCUAGUGAGACAACAACGACAUCUAUAAAAAAAGAAGAACAAAAUCAUGAUAUAUCCACCUUUGUCAAUGAUAAUGUUGAUGAUACAAUAAACUCAAACAAGAGACUUUCCAGAUUCUUUGCUGAAAAGGGUGAUGCGCCAUUAUCAGAAAUUGAAAUUGAAGGAAUAUUGUCAAUAAUAAAUAAAUCCAAACAGCAUAUUGCUAACGACGAAGACGAUGAUAAUACAAACUUAAUGGAUACGACUAGGAAUGAGCAAAAUGGGCAUCAUUUCGAGACUCCAAAAGUUUUAAAGAGUUCAAGAAUACUUUCUAGUUCAUCCAAUUUCAAUUUACCUACAUUUACACCAAAAUUUGAAAAUUCCAAGAGAAAUGUAUCCAUGCACUCAAUGACUAGUUCCACUUCCACGACAAGGCGUGUAUUUAAUUACUCGAAUAUGCCAACUCCAUACAGAACCGUUGUCUAUAAAUACAGUGUUGCUAAUACACCAAGGGAAACAAAAAUACUACCAGCAUCGAAUGAAAAUAGCGUGAGGAAACCAGCCAGUGUCAACGAUAGCAAGCAAAAACUAAGUAAUACUGCUUCAGCUUUGAUUUCCUUAUUAGACAGUGAAGAGAAAGCUAAUGAUGGCUCGGGGCUAAAUGUCAAUGUAUCCAAUUUAGCCAAUCCCUAUUCAUCACAUAUUUCAAAACUUCAUAAAUUUAAGAGGCCAACAGUUGAAAAGAAAGAGGACAUUAAACCAAUUGAAGCGCCAGUGGUGCCUGUUGUGGAGAAAAAAGAGGUUCCAGCCACUUCAAAUGGUACUUCUUCUUCAAAUUUCAAUAUGUACAAACCUGUAAGAUCAUCAUCAUUACGCUCAAGUGUAAAUGCAGUAAGUGAUGAAGACGAAGAGGAUAAGAAACUGCAAGAACCAUUGGAGGUCCCACAAGAACCAUUAAAAGUUCCGCAAGCUUCGGCUUUCACAUUUAAAUUUGACAAGAAGCCUGAACGUGUAGAAAUCAAAGAAGAUAAGAAACCAUCACCUGUGCAGCCAACAUGGCAGACUCCGGAUGUCUCUACAAAAGAAGGCAAGAGUAAUAGCUCGUUUGUACCAUUAAACAUUAAAUUUGCACCAAAAUUAACUGAAGAGAAAAAGUUUUCAUUUGAAUUUGAACAACCAGUUAAUUCAAAUAUUGACAGUUCACAAAUUGAUGAAACUGCGGUUGAAAACUUUAGAUCGACUUUCAUAUUUUAG